CUGCGUAAAUUCACUACCAAUUUUGAUCUUGUCGACACCUCCGGUUGUCCUGAUCCCUCUGUCGUCGUGGGUGGGUAUGAAUUCCAACCAACCGUGGGUGUAUACAAAAGUGAAAGCACUCGAAACGGAGUGACAGACAUGUCUGCGAUGGAGGCAUGGAUCAUCAUCAAGCCUUCCAUACAACAAGACCCCUUCAUCGACCCGCCGUCAAAUGUGGACUUCACUGCACCGAUACCUUGUCCUGAGGAAGACCUGCUGCCAUAUUGGGACACCAAAAGAGACUACUAUCCUACAUUCCAGUCCUCCGACAAGCAGUCCAUCUCAACGCGCGCGCAUAUGGUGGCGUGCACCAAUGCCUUCUUCGCAACACAAUUCCGCCGCUUUGGAUUUUCCAUCCUCCUCUGUGGCUCCCGGGCACGUUUUGUGUACUGGGACCGUUCUGGUGCUGUCGUGUCUCGGCGGUUUGAUUACACGAGCAAUUUCAUCCCAUUGGCUGAGUUCCUAUGGAGGCUCAACCGUGCAUCGCCUGGGAAUCGCGGCGUCGACGUGUCUGUAGUUCCCAUUUCCCUUCCGGAGUCUCAAGACAGGACUGUUCGGGAGCAACUAGGCAUUGGGAGUUCGAGUCCUCUGUAUGGAUACAUGGUUCCCGUCGAUACCGCACUUCAAAAGCCCAAAGACGCGGAAGGCCGUCCUUUAACCACUCAUCACUUUUACGUCGGCCCACGCCCCGCCCCAAAGCAAUGCAGCCUACUCGAGCAACGAACUCAUAGCUUCCAUGUUUGGGAUGUUGCGCAGAAGAGAGUCGUUUUCUUCAAGGAAACUUGGAGAGUUCAUUCCCGAGGUACCAGCACGGAAUCAGAAGUAUACCGGAAACUUCACUCUCGUCGCAUUCGCAACAUCCCGACCUUCGAGCACGGCGGUGACAUGUCUGCCCUCGGAACAAAAACCAUCACACACUUAUUCAGCGAGGCCUGGUGGUGCUGCACCCCCAACCACAAAGCACACCUCCCACUCGUACAACAUCGAAUCAUCCUUCGUGGUGUCGAACGGAACCUGAGCACGUUCAAGACACCGAAGGAAUUUCUGACUGUAUUCAAGGAUGCUCUCACAGCUCAUCAAGAAGCUUAUGAAUAUCUUGGUUUUCUGCAUCGGAACAUCAGUAUGGAGAACAUUGGCAUCACCGGUGAGGGGCGCGGGCUUCUCAUGGGCUGGGAGUGCUGCUCUUCCAAAUCGGGCGAAGAAUGGCACGUACAGCAUUUUUAUGUAUACGGAACUCUACCCUUCAUGUCUGGCGCUUUGUUGGACCAAGGUACCCAGCCCAAGCACGUGCUGGCAGAUGAUUUGGAAUCCUUCCUGCACGUCAUAAUGUACACUAUGGUCCGAUACCUCCCCAGUGCGACGAACGUCGAGGACAGGAACACCUUGCUCCAAAUAUUUGACGAGGAGUAUGUCAUAGAUGAGAGGGGACGGGCCAUAGGUGGCUCGCGCAAG